AUGGUCAAUUUUGAGUGGUUGUUCAUUGCCAUAAUAGCAUUAACAACUCUUUCCAAAUGCAUUGCAUUAGCAACAGAUCCAUUGGUCCAACAAGAAAAAGACAGGAUUGUGAAAUCACUACCCGGUCAAAACUUCAACAUCAGCUUCCAACACUAUUCUGGUUAUAUCACAGUGAACGAGGAUGUCGGUCGGACACUGUUUUACUGGUUCAUUGAAGCAGAACAUCCAAAUCCUACUUCAAAACCCCUUCUUUUAUGGUUCAAUGGUGGUCCUGGUUGUUCUUCUAUUGCUUAUGGAGAAGCUGAAGAAAUUGGUCCUUUUCAUAUCGGUUUAGAUGGCAAAACCCUUGAACGCAAUCCUUAUUCUUGGAAUCAACUUGCGAAUAUUCUUUAUAUUGACUCUCCUUCCGGAGUUGGAUUUUCUUAUUCAAAGAAUUCAUCUGACAUUCUUAACAAUGGCGAUAAGAGGACAACUGAGGACUCUCUCAUAUUUCUAUUGAAGUGGUUUGAGCGUUUUCCUCAAUAUAAAGAAAACGACUUUUUCAUCAGUGGUGAGAGCUAUGCAGGACAUUAUGUUCCUCAACUUAGCCAACUUAUUGUCGACUACAACUCAGCUGCAAAACAAGAUUCUAUAAAUUUCAAAGGUUACAUGGAAAUGCUUUAA